GAGAGAGAGAGAGAGAGAGAGAGAGAGAGAGAGAGAGAUCCAUUAUUAAAGAAACUCAUAAAGACUCGUUCUUCACCUCCGCUCACUGCGUCCCUCACCUGUCAUCAUGUCUGAUGGGAAACAGAUCACAGACUUUUUGAGGGACCGUGUUGGAAAUCUGGGGGUCUCCAGUGUGGUUCUGGUUGUCUUGGAGAAAAUGAUGGACAACGAUUUUGUUUGUCCUUGUCAGCCGGGCUUUAAUGAAGGGAUCUGUGUGUGUUAUGCCGUAGUGCCUUUCAUCAUCUGCUUUCUUAUAACUCUAUUUUUCAUGGACUCAAAGCCAGAAGAUAAAGUAAUGAAAGGCAACUCAACAUGUAAUAAAGUUCUCUACUCUUUCCUCACAUCCUUCAUCUGGCUGUUUCUCUUCUUUUUUGAUGGUAAUUACAUGGCCUGUGCGUGUUCACACUGGGACGGUGAGUACACGGAGACUGGAGCUUUAAAGUGGUGCAAACCCAGAGGAAACGAGACGGAGGUGUUGGGACGUCUGCAGGAGACUCAGAGGAAUGUCACCAAAUCUCAGUUUGCAGCUUUUGCCGUAGUGUUGGUGAUCAGCUCCGUUCUAGUGACAUCAUGCUGCUGCAGACUUCACUGCUGUCAUGUGCGCUGUCAUGGUCACUGUAAUAGCUGCUUUAUUCCUGACUGUGAACACUGUCGUAAUGGUGAUCAGCAGACUGGAGACGUGUCACUGACAGACCAGACCAACCCUGCGAGAGGAGGUUCAGCAGGAGAGGCUCGGUGAUCAGAUGGUCGUGAGAUCAGAUCCCAGUAGUGUAGAUAGUGAUGAUUUUACAGCUUUAAUAUUAAAAUUAAUUACAUGUUUAAUAUAACAGGAUGUUAAAAAUGUUUUGAUCGAGAUUUGUUUUAUUCUUUCUCCUCU